AUGGCCAUGGUCGUUAAUAUUUCAAUGCAGAGGCAGACAAUAACAAAAAAAGAAACACAAAUAUUACAAGACGACGGCGCUAUUAAGGACACGCCUUUGGAUGGUGAAGACAACAAACACAUACCCCAAGAUGACGAUCUUAAGGCUGAGCCUUUGGAGGGUGAAGGAGAACACGUGGCCGCAUUAACACAGUGGGAUGUAUUUGAAUCAGAAUUCAAAGGUCGUCCCAGGUUGCCAAAUGUUAUUGACAAUGACCUGGAAAUCAUGUCUCACACCAAAACACAGCUAUUAGAAUAUUUCCCAGGGUCCAAUGCGGAUGGGUUGUACCUCACGUGGUCUCUUCAUGUUAAUACUAAAGGCGACUUGCUAAGGGCCAUGGCGAAUGACUUGUUGAUGAUUAUAUGCGGGGACGUCAAACUCAAGGGAAACUUGGGUGAGAAAGGAACCUAUCCGAUCAUGGCCGAGCCCGUCGUCGCCGACAGCGACAUCUCAUUGGCUGAGUGGCUGGAUAAAAUAUCAACAUAUACAAAUAAAGCUAUCAAACUUAAUUUCUACGACACGGAUUCGCUUCAUCCAGCAUUUGAAGUGCUCCAGACGCUGCAGUACCAGAUACACGCCCCUCUAAUCCUGCGAGCUGAUAUUUUAGUCGGACCAAACGGUGAUACUAAUAAAAUGGUGAACGGAGUAAAUUUCAUCAGCGAUGCCAAUGGUCUAUUUCCUAACUCUAUUGUCUCGUUAGGCUGGAGAACUCAUUGGACAACAGACUCAAAAGAGGUGCAAUAUACAUGGGAUAUGGUAAUCGACAUGGCAAAGUACUGUACGAGAUUACAUCAACCAAUCAGUUUCUCUGUUCGAGCCGUUUUCGCCCGGAAAUCUAUUCGUCAGUUGAAAUGGUUGGUUAGUUUAUCCAGUAAGUUCACCAUCACUAUAUUUUCGCCUGAUUAUGAUAUCGUGUCGAUGUCCGAGUUGUCCAUCUUUCGCCGAAGCCUCCCAGUGCACCGAGUUCUUUACGACGUGCCCGUGUCCUUCAUCGCUGCGCUAAGGGAAGUCCAGCCGAAUACUCUGCAAACUCCGGGUGAAAAAAUGGAGAGGAAUUUAUGGCAUCCGCAACCGUUCGACACAAAAUCGUUUGUCUUCCUUGGUGAAGAUAUCAUCGCAUUUACCGGUCCCAAUAGUUGGCUAACUUCUAAAAUGCAAUACCGAGCUGAGCUCGAGACCGGAAAGCAAGUUGAAAUCUCCGGCAUUGUGCAAUUCGCUAUGGCUUCCGAACAAAUAACCACCGACCAAUCCAAACUUGACAUUCACAUCCGCAGUACAGGAGUUGAUCCACCGGAGCCCGAUUCAGUUCUCGGUGUGCGAAUCGAAAUAGUCAGCGACGGUACUCUGCGUGUUUCCUCGCACAAUUUAGCAAAAGCCGGGACGUACAAUCCACAGACUACGGCAACUAUUCCAUCUCACGAAUGUUAUUAUUUUCACAUUGUUGACGCCGGUGAGACAGCACCCAUAACGGUAAAUAUCAAAUGGGCGGACUGCGAAGCAGGAGUGACAACAACCGAGCACAAUGUACAGCUAUCGCUGACAGUGCCUUACGAAGCAACGCAGGAGGAGGAGUUUUAUAUCACAAUCAAUGGUAGUAAUAAUAUUCAUGGCGCGGCCACACUGUUAGAAAAUCUGGUUGUUCGAUAAACCUUUUGUAGAGACACAUAACUGCUUAGUUUUUUAGGCACGUUUAGUGUAAUCAAGACUAAGAGGUAGUUUUUGAGUUUUGAUAUACUGGGUUGUUAUAAUUGUGAAGAGAGCGCCCUCGUAAGCUGUGUCCGAUUAAGGUGCGUCUUUGUUUUCAUUCGUCUUAAUUGAAGAAUUUGCAUAGUCGUAUGUUUAGCUUUAUAUUACUGUAGUAUUGAUGCCUAAGCAGUGUUGGCGACGUGCCAAAAUAUUUAUUUUCAAAAGACUAUUACACGAGGGAAAUAAAUUUGUUUCCGCAAUACCAAUAAUCGGCAAAAUAAAGUGCGCCACAUGCGACAUGAUUUGGAAAUGUUCAACUUUAUAUUGACACCUUCUUGAUAACUGUUAGACUGGCAAAGUCGGGACUUCUUUUUGUUUUACAAAAAUAAUUAAUUGAUUGUCAUUGAUUAUUCAUGAGUUGGUGUGUGAAAGUAAACGUGACCUUUUAAAGGUUGAUUUGAUUCGCGAUCGAUCGCAGAGGCUACUUUAACUUUCUAAGUGCUAUAAUUAAAGC